AUAGCCUGGUAUCAGUAGUCUCUGUAUCAAAUUUUAUCGCGAUCGAACCAAUCAUACUUUAACCAUACUUUUUUGACAAUCAGUUGUUUGCUCACUUGUAAUAGAUGAUGGAUAAUUCUGCUUUAAAUACGGCGCACCGCUAUGCAAGAAGGGCGGAGGCACAUUUUCGCUACAAACGCUUUGACGAAGCAAUCGAAUGCCACAAGCAAGUCAUUGAGCAGCUCCAGAAUGCCAUCCGCCUGGCCACAGUGGACAAGAGUGUGGUGUCCCUACAACUCCAGCGGGAGUACCAUGUGAAACAGAUUGAAUUCCUCAAUAUGCGGAAGAUGCAAUUCGAAAAGUACAGGAAGGCAAUUGAGCAGGAGAAAGGUUCAGACUUCUGGGAGCAGAAGGAGAAGACGAGGACCAAUCAGACUGAGCUUUUUAAGGCUAUUGAGAAUUCCGAUGCCCUCCUUGCGGGGCUCCUUGUAAAAUCAUCAAGUGGCCAGAUGGAGGUGGAAAAUAUCACUGAAACCCUCCGGGAGUUGCAAUCAAUCAACAAGCAAAUCCACAUAUUUGCCCACUCGCUGUCAGAACAACUGGAUGGAUGUAUAAUCGAUGCUGAUGUCCUGCGGGAGAAGAUUCGUGCAGAGAUGGCACCUAAAGAUGAUGAUUCGGAUGAUAAGGAAGCCUCAAGUGUGAGAUCCCUCUCACCAGACAAGCAAGAGUACAAAGCCGUUGAGUCUCUCGAUAACAUUCUGCAGGAUCUCAAUGAGAUCCAAGAACUACCAAAUCUUCCACCUCUCCAGCUACCUAACUUUGAUUAUUCCCGCUUCAGUGAUUCCGGAACCUCCGCUAAAUCAGAUUAAAUUAAUUUUAUAUUACAUACUAUGUACAACAUAUUUGGGAUGCGAAAACACAAUGUGGUUGCAUUAAAGAACAUUUAAUAGA